AUGGCAGACAGUGUUGUGAGUUUCCUAUUGGAGAACCUGACUCAGUUGCUUACCAAAGAAUCAAAAUUGCUACUUGGAGUUAAGGAUCAAGAGGUAGUCAGCCAAAUUAGGGACGUAGCCUAUGAGGCUGAGGAUGUUAUUGAUACAUUCAUCAUUACUGUGACAGAGCACAGGAGAAGAAGAAGCAAGCUGAGGAAGUUAAUCCAUUCAUGUGAACGAGCAAUUACGUUUCACGAGGUUGAAAGCAAGAUAGAGAGCAUCAAGAUCAUCAACAAGGAAAUUAACGACAAUAGGAGCAAGUACGGCAUAGAAAUUGCUGAAUCAUCUGGAGGAGAUGCAGAAGCAGAGGAGAUACUGCACAGGCGCAGGAAACGUGUUGAGGAAGAUCAAGUAGUGGGCUUCGCUCAUGACGCUGAGGUAUUGGUGAAGGAGCUUAUGGAAGGGAGUUUGCAACGAAAUGUUGCUUCAAUCAUUGGCAUGGGCGGCUUAGGUAAAACCACUCUUGCUAGGAAGAUCUACAACAACAAUGAUGUCAAGAAUUACUUUGAUUUCCGUGGAUGGGUUUCUGUUUCUCAAAAAUAUAGAAUCAGAGAGCUGUUGCUUGAAAUUUUGAAGGGACUGUCACCACCACCAAGAGUGAUGUUGAGAGCUGAAUUGAAAGAGAAAUUACUCCAAGGUUUGUAUGCUACGUAUAGCUCGAAUAAUGAUAAACUGAAAGGGAUACUAAUUGAAGACUUGAAACGUUUCAAAGAAAUGAAUGAAUGUUUCAAAGAAAUGAAUGAUGAAGAAUUCAGAAAGGCAUGGUUUGAGUUCUUGGAAGGCGUACAAGACCAUAAUGAUUUGAAAAAUUCGUUGUCAAAUUUCGUGCAAGAUUUUUACAGCGAGAAUGGAGUUAAAUUGCAAGAUACGACUGAGGAUGAAUUGAAAAGUGUGCUGCUUGAAAUCACGUCUGGAUUUCUCUUGUAA